AUGGAACACCGCUUUCAAGCGAUAGUAUAUCUCAGCAAAACAGCAGCACGCGAAUACUACGCCAUCGAACGCACACCUUCAUACGUAACCAUCGGCCUCUCCAUCAAUGUAGACCCCGCUUCCCCUCCCCUCACUAUCAUGAAUACCCCCGGCGCCGUCAUGAUAACCAUGAACUACGCGUAUAACCACCGUCGUCUCCAGAAGGUCAACUCGCCCCGGCAAGCCUUCGAUUUCGGCAACGUUAAUGUCAACAUCUUACCAAGUCCGUUUACGAGCGAUAGUAUGACGUAUGAAGAGGCAUUUCAUGCUGUGAGGGGAGCGUGGGAGUGGACGGCAGAUCGGAGAUGGGGGAGAGGGUUCAAGGCCAGUGUUGUUCGUGGGAGGACGCCAGAGAGGCAGGGAGUAUCUGUUGGAGGCGUGGUAUUUGUGCCUGUUGCUGGUGAGGAAGGGGUGGAGGCUCUGUAG